AUGGGGAACGUCUUCGUGCGCGCUUUGGCUCGGAACCAUCAACGUCGUCUCCGCUUGGCAUUCGCAUUGGUGUUGCUGUAUGUGGCCAAGAAACUACUUGGGCCUUCGUUGACGGCAAUGCUAGUGCGCUGGCACUUGGCUCGUGCGGGCGAGACACCUCGACUGAUCUACCGCAAGACGCCAGCCAACAACAAAUUGUUGUCACACUGCGCUACGAUGAGUACUCUGUUCAAUGGACAUCUGCAGACGAUCAAGUUCGCACAGGAUAAAAGUGGACCGAAGAUCGACUACAAGCGUCAACUGUUGGACAUGCCUGACGGCGGUGUCGUGUCAUUAGACUGGGCGCUGCUACCUGUAUACUCGCCUAGAGGUAAAGCAAGCCACGUGGAUCCUACGCGACGUACCGUGUUGUUGCUGCCGGGACUGACAGGAGGCAGCCCAGCGAAUUAUAUUCGCUUCACAGUUGCCAAGCUGCAUGAAAUCGGCUGGCAGUGUGUGGUUCUGAACGCUCGUGGGUGUGCCAACACUCCUGUCAAGACGGCACAGCUCUACUGCACUGCCUACACGGAAGACCUGCGCUUCGUGCUACAAGAAUUGGACAAUAAAUAUGAUUUUGGACAGGAAGCAUUCGUGGGUGUAGGAUUCUCCAUGGGAUCAAACGUGCUGGUCAAGUAUCUGGGCGAAGAGGGCGAUCAAACUCCGUUGACCGGAGCUGUCUCAGUUGGAAACCCCUUUAACUUGAUCAAAGUGUCCGAGAGUUUGUCCGGUACGUAUUUCAACCGACUCAUGUACGACCAGGCUCUCAACCGCAGUAUGAAGACACUGUUCUUCGAAAAGAGUAAUGCUGCGGAGAAGUUUGAGGGGUACCCAGGUCUCGACCUGGAGGCAGUUCGAGCUUCACGUACUGUGCGUGAAUUUGACGACACCCUGACGAGUGUCUUGUUUAACUACAAGAAUGCUGACCACUUCUACGAAGACGCAUCGUCCGAUAAGAAGCUUCGUGCUGUCAAGGUGCCGCUACUCUGUAUCAACGCCGAGGACGAUCCUAUCAGUGUUCGUACUGCUCUACCGUCACGCGCUCUGGUGGAGUCCAGUCCGAACGUGAUUCUGUGCACUACAAAGUCGGGUGGACACUUGGCCUACUACGAAAGUUCUCUCCACGAGAAGAACGGACCCACCAUGUGGACUGCUAAACCCAUUGCUGAGUUCGCUGAGGCAGUGCGUCUAACCAAGUUAGAGGCAGCGCAAGGAGCGUAG